AUGACUAAAAUUAAAUCCAAGGAACCUAAUGUUUAUUUUGGACAUCCCAUUAAAUUUUGGAAGGAACGGCAAAGACGUGAGUACGACGCACCACUCGAUAUAGAUGAAAUAAAGAAACUGGACGAUAUUGUAAGAUUUGAUUCUACGCAUCUACAGAAAACAGAAGAAGAAGCCUUAAUACAAGAAAUGGUAACAAAACAAGAGAUGGAGGAGUGCGGGUUUUGUAAAGAAAAAGAUAAGAAAAUUGAGAAUUACGAAGAAGCGAUAGAAAGAGAGACGGAAAGGGAGUGCCAGAAGGCUUUGGAGAGAGAGAAAAUAGCAAGGGGCAUCACAAGUUCAAGAGCUGACGAGAUUUAUCUUAGAGAGAUGCAGAGAAUGCAAAUGAUCGAAAAAAAAAUGGUUGAACAAGAGCAUCGGAAUUCGGAAAUGAUGUGGCAUCAGGUACUGAUGGAUAACGUUAGGAGAAAGGAAAGAAAAGAACGCAAAGACUUCGAAAAAAGGCAAAAAGAUAUGUUGGAUCGACGCAGAGCUUACGACGAGCAAAUAGCAAGCGCCAACAGAAAGAAACAAGAGGCUAUCAAACAGGAAAGAGAGAAGGAAAACAGAAACAUUGACCAGAUACUUAAGAAAAUGGACCAAGAACAUAAAGAAGAAAUAAGAAGAAAAAAGGAGCAACAACUAAUAAACAAGAGCAACUACAAAGAAGGACACGAAAUGAAAGUAUCAAGGCUUUUGCGUGAAAAAAUUAAGGAUAGGAAGAUAGACGACGGAGCUAUCGAAGUUGCUUUGAAGGAACUAAGGAAGGAAAGACUAAGAAAAGAAGCCGAAAUGCGACGUCUUCAACUUGAAAAGCAAAUCUUCACAGACUACCAUAGUCGUGAGAGAAGAUUAGCAUCAGAAUUAGAAGAGGAGGCAGAAAGGAUAACGCAAGAGUGGAAAAAAGAUGCAGAAAAGAAAGCCGACGAACACACAAGACAAAUUGAAGAAGCAAAGAGAAUGAACAAAGAGAAAGCAGCGGAAGAAUACAGACAGCAUCUGGAACAAAUAAAUAAGCACUUAGAGAGGGAGCGCCACGAACGAGCUGUCAAAAUGGAAAAAGUGAAAAGAGGCGCCUUCAAAGAGUUAGAAAUGAAAUUGGACGAUGCUUACACGGAGCUACAGAGACAAAUGGAGUAUAGGAAUACUUUGAGCGACCAAAUACGGGAAAAUCAGAAAGUGUUGACCCACCUGCUGGGAAACUCUAUUGAGGUCAUCGAGCAUGGUGCCAAGCUCUUCCAACGAUUCUGCUAUGACCACAAUAUCGUCAGCAAAUCGAAGGAAAAUGAAUUAAUAGACAUAGAAAAUAAACAACGACCAUUUACAAGGAAAGCUGAUAUGUUUAAGGACUGCAUGGAGACUAAAGUUGCCAAGGCACCAGGGAGAAAAAGGUAA